GGUUAGUCAGCCCCGCCGCUGCGGGCGGGCGGCCGGGCCGGGCGCGCUCCGCGGCUUGUCCCUCACCGCCGUACCCGCGUCCUCCCUCCGCAGCUCCUCGGGGAGGGGGGCGGUCGGUGCCUGCGCAGAGCCGCCUCCUCCCCGCCCCCGCCCCGCCUCCCCCUGCGCCGCCGCCGCCGCCCGCUACCGCCGCCGCCGCUGCGCCUGCUGCUCCUCGCCGUCCCCGCUGCAGUGCGAAAGGCUCGAAGAUGGCCGGUUGGCAGAGCUACGUGGAUAACCUGAUGUGCGAUGGCUGCUGCCAGGAGGCCGCCAUUGUCGGCUACUGCGACGCCAAAUACGUCUGGGCAGCCACGGCCGGGGGCGUCUUCCAAAGCAUUACGCCAAUAGAAAUAGAUAUGAUUGUAGGAAAAGACCGGGAAGGUUUCUUUACCAACGGUUUGACUCUUGGCGCAAAGAAGUGCUCAGUGAUCAGAGAUAGUCUGUAUGUCGAUGGUGACUGCACAAUGGACAUCCGGACAAAGAGUCAAGGUGGGGAGCCAACAUACAACGUUGCUGUCGGCAGAGCUGGUAGAGUCUUGGUCUUUGUAAUGGGAAAAGAAGGGGUCCAUGGAGGCGGAUUGAAUAAGAAGGCAUACUCAAUGGCAAAAUACUUGAGAGACUCUGGGUUCUAGCUGCUAGGCAGACUGUUAAGUAUUAGGGGAAAAUUGCUCUUAAACUUUCCUAGCUGUAAGCUUCAGUCUUAAUUCUGGAAAUUUUAUUAGCAAUGCAGGGUGAUGGGGUAUGAACCUGUGUCUCCUUUGUAUCCCUCUGUUGGUGGGGAAAGGUGUCUUUCUUUCUGCCCUCCCCCUCCUUAAAUAAUUCUGUUCACUUUUGUUUUGUUUCCUUGUGUACUCCAGCAUUGGUUAUAGUCAUGGGAAAGGAAGGUGUCCACGGAGGCACACUUAACAAGAAAGCAUAUGAACUCGCUUUAUACCUGAGGAGGUCUGAUGUGUAAGCAGCCUCUCCCCAUCUACCUAGCAACUGUCUUCAUCACCACCCCAAUUAUGAUCACAGUGCUACCAAACUAUAGAUGGUAGCUGAUUUUUCUUUACCUAUUUUCUAAUGUCAUGAUUCCUGUUUGCCCAAUGGAUCAUUUGUAUGUUAACUGUAUGUAACCAACCCUUAUCUGGCAACAUAAUUGCAGCACAACAGUGAUUUGCAUGAUACCUUGAAAUUGGGGGGAGGGGGCAUGCCAAGUUGGGCAUCACUUUUGUCUUAGCAAUUAAUGGGAUAUUGAUUACUAAAAUAAGUUAAUAUUAAGCAAGGUGCCGGUUGUACAAUCUCUAAUUUGAUCAAUGUCUUUUCAGCACUUUGAGCAUUUACUUGGCUCAUUUAGUCUUCCUUUUGUAGCGCAUGGUUGGGAGGAAAAAGUGCAUGUAUCUUUACUUCACUCCUCUCUUUUUCCCAGCCCCUCCCUUCACACAUAGGCCUUUGGUUUGCUUCCAUCUUCUUUUAAGCAGUGCUUGGUUUAUUUAACCGAUUAAUAUCUCUUUUGUUGAUGAGCUAUUGAGAGCUGUAGUAGUUUGCUUUUAGUAUUGUUGUUGCACUUAGCUAGAGACAACCUUUUUUCAUAGUGUCUGCAGGACAUACAAAGAGUGCAACAGCAAAACAAGAGCAAAAAGCACUUCCUCCCAUGACCUUAUGGUAACCAUACUGAUUGAAUCCCCAGGGACAUUCCAUCAUUGCAAUAGCUCAGAUUUUUGUUCCUGGCUUUUUCUUUGCAUACCAGCUCUACUCUUUAGUAAAAUUGUAAAAGGCUGCCAUUAUGGACAUUAGGUAUCCCAACAUAACCAUCUGGAGUGUGUCCAGUUUGUUCUUCAUAGGACCAAUUUUUAUUUGCAGCUUGAGUUUUUAUAUGAAGUUGCAUUAUUGUGGACUUGGCUGUCUUGUGAUGAAUUUUUUUCAUAUGUAUUCUGUGCCAUACUAUUGUUAAGAUGAACUGUUGCUAUUGUGAGAUGGAUUUAACUGACCUAUUAAGGGUUUCUUUCGAAUGGCACUACUUUAGGGACACUCUAGUAUUUGCUUCUAUUGUUUGGGCCUUGUGGAUAAUGUACAGAUUUCAAAGCAAAUCUUGUUGCUGAUUUGUCCAUUUCUUUCCCUGCACUUUGUUACAUCUGGGAUACAGUCUAACUCAUCUGAUUUAAUAUGCAUUUAAAAAAAUGCCAUAACUAUUAAACACCUUGUUUACAGACAGAUGAAAUAAAUUUAUUCCAACCAAA